GCGCGGAAACACCUCCGCCAAGGACUGCGACGAACUCUUCUCGAAAUACAGGACCUGUCUGAAUGUACUUACUUUCCCUUUCCCGUUAUACCCGAUACAUUCCACCCAGAGGAAUCUAACGCAGGACAUACAGGUCGCACUGAAAGACCGAGGAAUCGACUCGAUGCUCGACGACGCACGGAAAAACAACGCGAAGGAAAGCGACAUGGAGCACCUGCGGAACUGAAACGCCGACUUCCGGACACUUCUGAAACGAUGUUAUGAAUGAGUUUUGCAUACCUCUUCGCUCCGUCCAUCUAUUCGCCCACCUCACUCUCCACUCCUCCCGGAUCGGGAUGUACUCCGACGUUUCUCUCUGCACUCGCCGCUCGCCGCUCGCCGCUUACCGCGAACAGAAUGCGAGUCGAUAGGCCUCUGGGGAGAAAAGAUAUCAAUCUUGUUGCUGAAGUGGCUUGGUUGCUUCGGCACUUGGGAGCCGAGACUGCGGGAUCCACGGCCGAUUGUGUCUUGUCUCAUGUCUGAGAUCGGUUUCACGGGUCUACAGCAUUGUGAAUGGCUUAUAGCUUAAGCAUAGCGAUCUAUUAUUAGCUUGGAUUUCUAUUAUUCUGCUUAAUUGCUUGUGGGUUGCAUGUAAAUUAUGGAGUUUGCAUUCUGCGUGCUAGAUCUAAACUUAUCUAGAUACUGUACUGUAC